GGCAGGAGGGGGGGGUGCAGCGGCUGCUGCUUCUUUCUUGGUGUGCGAUGCUGUCGAAUCUGGCCUAGCUUUUUCACGCAGCUCAUUCAGCAGUUGCUCGAGCAGCAAGGGCAGCCCUCUCUGACAGCUGCCUCUAAGGCCGUCUCCGUAGGGUGUUCAGGAGGAAAAGACGCCUUGCAGCACAGGGGGAGUAGUGCAGACGGAGGCAGAAGCCGCUUCUGGAUGCUGGGGAGCGAUGGCAGCAUACAGCGGAUACUGCAACAGCAGCCCUCUACAGUCUAUGUGCAGGCAAUUUCCUGUGCAGAUCUUUGUAGCGAAGGGGUCGAUUCGGGCAUGUUGCUGCAGCAGCGAUUCGCGGCUUUUCAGGCUGCAGGAGAAGCCUCGGCUGCAGCAGCAGCUGGGGAGCAGGAGGAGACUUCAGAGGGACCCCUCGUCAAAGUCUUGCUGCUCAUUCAUCCGGAUAUUUGGUAUUUGAACUCUGCUGCCAAUGACGCUCAACACGCGCUGCUACAGCGGCAGCGCAAGCAGCGAGGCGGCAGCGAAAGCAGCGAAAACAGCGACAGCAGCGAAACUGAAGACAGCAGGAGCAACACAGAACAGCACCCCCUGCUGGAAGCCGUUUUGCUGGGCUGUCGAAGCAUGCGCUCACGCGCUGCAGCUGCUUCAGCUGCAGCUGCUUCAGCUGCAGCUGCUGUUGAUGCUGCCAGUGCCGCUUGCACGGUUCCACAACGUGCAGCAAAAGCAAAAGCAGCACCAACAGUCUUUGUGGUUGCUGUUUGGAGGUGGGCUCCAAUAAAAUCAUUGGAAGAUCUUUUUAUAGAACUGCCAUCCCCUCCAUUGCAGCUCUUGCAGACGCUGCUCGAAGAGGGGGAGCAGCAGCAGCGACAGCCGCAGUGGCCGUCUCCAGAAGAAGGAGCUGCUACUGCCGUCGGGGAGGAAGGGGCGGAAGAGGCUUUGAAGAAUUUUCGCAGCGCUAUACACCGACUGAGAUGCCUUGCCUUGGCACGGCAUCUUGGGGGCAACUGCGACGGGGUUGAGGGUGGAAACACCGACCCCAGCAGCACCGCGCAGCUCCAACCGAGGGCUGUCUGCUGUAUGCGCUGGUGUAAACUGUCUUUUCCCCUGUGCCUCCUCGUGGUGGGUGGGGAGGCGCUGGAUAAGUUUCUUUUGAUGACAGUUCUAGGUCAGCUUGUCAGGGGGAAACCUCCCUGCUUUUACGCUUCCGCGGGGGAGGUGAUGGAUGCGACCGUCGGACGCUCUCAGCAGCAACUGCUGCUGCUUUUUUCCCGUGCCUCUGCCGCAGGGGCAGCCUUGUGUCUUUCUCAGAUUGAGGAAUUCGUGGGAACGGCAGCGACAGCAGCAACGGCUGCAGCCGGGGAGGAGGGCAGAGCAGAGCUGCAGCGCGACUUGGCGCAGAUGCUGGAGGUUGCAGUUCAGGUGUAUGUACACCACCUCGGGGUCCCCCUGAUUUGCACCACGAGCUGCCAGCCGCAUGAACUGCCGUACAAUGUUGCACGGUCUUUUUCUCAGAUUAUACACAUAAAAUCCAACAAAAGCCGAGGUGUAUGGACACCCGAGGCUCUAGAGGUCGAGGCAGAGCCGCCCUCGGAAGCGGGAUAG